AGACAGAAGAGAGAACAAAGGAUGCAUGCAUAUCUCUUAGCAAUACUCCUGCUUCAUCACAUUCUUACAGGUGUGAUGGGCGUGAGCCAGACCCGAGUGUACGGCAACGUCGAUGGCAACGUCACCCUACCCUGCGGCCACAGCAACACUCUCCCACAAUGCUCCUGGACGUUCUGUGAGAGCAACUGCCAGCAGCAUCAUCUGCAGGUGAAAGACGGGGAGGUCCAGCAGGACACGCAGCGGUCCAAUCGCACCUCGGUCGGCUCCAACUGCUCGCUCCGCCUCAGCCGCCUUCAGCCCGGAGACGCGGGGAUGUACUUUUGCUAUCCUAACGGCCGUGAACCCAAGGCUGUUGUGAACGUAUACCUCUCCCUGCUCACCGUGUCCACCACCAGCCCACUGAGCCAGCUGAAGCCUGGCGGGAGGCUGGCCCUGAACUGCUUGCUUCACACCUACCACGACCCCUGGAACUGUCUCUCUCACAACAAAAACCGCUCCUUCCUCUUGAGCUGGGGGCUGGGCCACCAUGGCUCCACCCAGCCAGACCACCCCAGGUUUGAGGCCGCCCGCUGUAACGUCACCCUGUUUGUGACCCUGCCCGAGGAGGAUGAGGGGGCGGGGCUUAACAUGAGCUGGCGCUGUCAGGUGACCAGCCUUACAGAAAGCGAAGUGGUAGAGAGCUUCCUGGACGUGAAGGCCAUCUUCUUCCUUCACAACCCCGCGCCGGACAGCACCAGGAUGGAGGUGGGCGUUGGGCUGCAGGGAGCGGGGCACUGCGUGUGGGCGUGGGACCACCUGGUCCCUGCAGGCCGCAUGGUGCUGUUCUGCAUGGCUCAGCUAGCCGUGGUGGGCGCCGCGGUUCACCUCGGUUGUCGGCGGUACCGCGGGCGGUGCUCACCGCGGGUCCGCGCUGGCGUGUAGGUUUCUCUCUUUCUACGUGUCCUCUCUGAGAAGAACCUUCUGACACCAUCAGGAUUUACCGUGAGCUUUAUUCAUCCAUCUAAUGUAGGCUG